AUGACGGGAAAAAGAAGGUCCUGUCAACUGGAGCGGGACCUCACCUUCUCCAAAACACAGCCCUGUCGAGCUACGAAAUCACCUUUUGGGACAUCCGAGCUGGCACAGCAUCCAGCAUCACCAGACCCGGCAAAGCCGCACCAUCAUGGGCUUCUCAGUGAUGGAAACAGUGAGGGUCCCUUCUCCACCUUCGGCUUCUCCAGUGAUGGAAAGAGCGAGGGUCCCUUCUCCAGUGAUGGAAACAGCGAGGGUCCCUUCUCUACCUUCGGCUUCUCCAGUGAUGGAAACAGUGAGGGUCCCUUCUCCACCUUCGGCUUCUCCGGUGAUGGAAACAGUGAUGGUCCCUUCUCCACCUUCGGCUUCUCCAGUGAUGGAAACAGCGAGGGUCCCUUCUCCACCUUCGGCUUCUCCAGUGAUGGAAACAGCGAGGGUCCCUUCUCCACCUUGGGCUGGCACCGGGGUUCCUGCAGCUCCAGGGAAUCCUACCCAGAUGUCCAGCAGGAAAAUCAUCACCACCUCCCAGUGCCUGAAUUUGGCAAACUUGGACCCUAUGGGCACGGUGGGGAAUGGGAAUGAGGUCUAUCCCAGGAAGCCCAGGAGAAAGCGUGGAGCAGGAUUCCCAUAAAACUUUCCCUCUGCCAGCAGGGAGGCUGCAAGGACAGGAGUGAAGAGAACAAGAGCAGCGCCCUGACAGGUCAUGGAAAGGCUGGUGAGGUCGUUUGCAUGGACACACAGCGAGGUCUUGGCCGGAAAGCAUCCCCUGCCCAGCCCUCUCCUGGAUCCCACAGAGUCACAAGCGGAGCCAGACCUUCUCCCCCUGCACCCAGCACCAAGAACUUCAUCUCCCCUCAGCUGUUCCUUCCCAACCACAUCACAUGCCGGGCCAGGUUGAAGCAAAAUAAACUCGGUUGCCACGGUUACGCGGAGCAGGGAUGCUAUAUAUAACCGCCACGCGAGGAGCCGAGCCCAUGCGCCCGAGGGAGGGCCACGCUCUUCCAUGGGUGAUGCGUGGGGAGCUGAACCCUGGCAGACCCUGCACUGGCUUUCAAGUGGGAAAAGAUGAUGGGCUGUCUCCUUCUCCAUGCCCUGGAGAUGCUGCACUCCUUGCAGCUGGAUUAAAUCACACCUGGGCUCUCCGGGACAUUGCUCGACAUGAGCCACAACGUGUGCUCACAGCCCAGAAACCAACUGUGUCCUGAGCUGCGUCCAGAGCAGCGCGGCCAGCAGGGAGGGAGGGGAUUCUGCCCCUCUCUGGAGACCUCAUCUGGAGGAUCGUGUCCAGUUCUGGAAUCCUCAAUAUAAGAAGGAGAUGGAGCUGUUGGAAUGGGUCCAGAGGAGGCUCCAAGGAUGAUCCGAGGGCUGAAGCACCUCCCGUACGAGGACAGACUGAGAGAGUUGGGGUUGUUCAGCCUGGAGAAGAGAAGGCUCCGAGGAGACCUCAUAGUGACCCUUCCAGUACCUGAAGGGGCUCCAGGAAAGCUGAGGAGGGGCUGUUCACAAAGGCUGUGGGGAUGGGAUGAGUGGCAGUGGGGAUAAACUGGAGAGGGGCAGAUUUAGGCUUCAUAUAAGGAAGAAUUUCCUCGCUAUGAGGGUGGUGAGGCCCUGGCCCAGGUUGCCCAGAGCAGUGGUGGCUGCCCCAUCCCUGGAGGGGUUCCAGGCCAGGUUGGAUGGUGCUCGGAGCCCCUGAUCCAGUGGGAGGUGUCCCUGCCCCUGGCAGGGGGUUGAAACUAGAUGAUCUUUAAGGUUCCUUCCAACCCAAACUAUUCUACGAUUCUACUCUACGAUUCCCCUAAAUCCACCUUCUUUCCCUCGUGGAUUCGUUUGCAUCGCCGUGUCGCCCUCUGCAAGGCUGCCAGCCUCAUCCCAACAACCUGCCGGCUCCAUCCAUUCCUGGCAGCUCAUCCCGCAAUCCUUGCUGCCAGAGCUGCUUAGCGAAGCCCAGCUCUGUGCCAUCAGCUCCUCCUGCUGUCCCUGUGCUCAAGAAGAACUGCACCCAAUGGAAUCUUAACCCAAGCAUUCCCAGCGGUCCAAACUCUUGCUCUCAUCCAGACAUCUGCUCCCUUUGCCAGGGUUGGGUUCUCCACACCAGCAGGGAUGCACGUUGGGCUCUCUCUGCACCGAGCUGGGGAGGAGAAUUCCAUCCAACAUAGGAAAAGCGGAUAAUAACCGAUUUUCUCACACCACCCACAGUUAUUGGGGAGAGCUCGCAGAAAGGGGAAAAAUUAACUCUACAAUGCACUCUCAAAAACCAACUUUGUUUCUGAAACACCAUCGAGUGAAGCCCGUGUGCACUCGGACCUCCAAAAAGCACCAGGAAGGGGUGGCACCACUUGAAGAUGACAAAGCCAGUGGCGCUCGGCUCCAAAACGCAGCAAGAAGAGAUGGCGCUGCUCUGAGGUGGCCGAGUUGGUGGCACUCACCUCCAAAAAGUGGUAGGAUGCCACUCCGAUGCCCAAGCACUCAUCUCCAAAAAAAAAAACAGUGGGAGGGGAUGGAGCUGCUUGGAGAUGGCCAAGUUGGUGGCACUCAUCUCCAGAAAGCAGUGGGAAGG